AUGAAGAAGUCUGGCUUUCUUUUCCUUGAGGAAAACAUUGUGUGUCCAAUAUGCCUUGAGGUGUUCAGAGACCCUGUCACUACAGCUUGCGGGCACAACUUCUGCAUGGAGUGUCUGCGGGAUUACUGGGAUCACAAAGCUUUGACUGGGGAAUGCCCCUACUGCCCUCAGUGCCGGGAGUCAUUCAACUCAAGGCCUCAGCUCCGCAAAAAUAUAACCCUGGGAGAAAUUGCCAUGAGAUUUGAACGAGAAGAAGCUCAGGGGUCAAGGAAGCUCCCCGUAGCAGGUCCCCAGGAUGUCCCAUGUGACUUCUGCUCUCCCAGGAAACUCAAAGCUGUCAAGUCUUGCCUGCAGUGCAUGGCAGCUUUGUGCGAAAACCACAUCCAGACCCACUAUGAAGACAAGACCUUUAAAAACCAUCAGCUGGUAGAACCUCUCAGUGACUUGAAGACCAGUGUGUGCCUGAAGCAUCACAAGCUGUUGGAACUGCUUUGCAAAACAGAAGGCAAAUUUAUCUGCCAGGUUUGUGUCCGGGAGGAGCACAAGAAUCAUGAAGCCGUCUGUGUAAAGGAGGAAAGAGCCAAGAAAGAGAUGGAGGUCAAGAGAAUUCAAGCCAAUGUGGAAAACCAGAUUUUGAUGUUGGCAGUAGAUGGUCAGCAACACAGGGGCAGAGUGAACUACCUCUUGAAAGUGGUGAAGACGGCCAGAGAUGAAGUGAGCCGGACCUUUGCUGAGGUAUUCAAGGAGCUCAAAUGGCUGCAGACCAAACUGAUGGACUUCAUAGAUCGCGAAGAAAGAUCAGCUUUAGUGGAAAUGGGAAACUCCAUUCAGGACAGGCAGGAGGGACUGGACAGUCUCAAAAAGCAGAACUUCUGGCUGGCAACGCUGGUUGACGACCCGAGUGAUUUUCAGUUCCUGCAGGACUUCCCAAAAAUAAAGACAAUGUCAGGUUGCACAGAAGCUUUGAUUGGUCUGAAAUGUGAGGAACCCACCAGUUUUGUAGGGCUCAAACAGACACUGAGUGACUUGAAAUCGCAGUUAUCCAUGGUUGGACUCUGCUUUAUCAACAAAGUCCUUCAGAAAGGGAUUACAAUGGUACGUUAUGAAGUGAUACCAGAACCUAUGGAUCGAAAGAGUCUUCUCAAGUAUUACUGUAACCUGAAUUUUGAUGCCAGCACAGCCAACGAAGAGCUCUUUCUGUUUAAGGAGACCCACUCUGUGCUGAACAUGGGCAUCCUGUUGGAGAACUAUUCAAAACCCAGCCAAGGAUUCAACCACUGGCCACAGCUCUUGUGCAGCCGCAGCCUUUGCGAGGGCUGCCAUUACUGGGAGGUUGAUAUUUCAAAUGCCUGGCUGUGCUUAGGGGUCACCUACAACUACAGGCAUAGAACCGAAAAAGGGUAUAUGUUCUACCUGAUCGGUAGGAAUAACACUUCAUGGUGCCUAGAGUGGGAUUCGAUAAAAUUUUCUGUUUGGAACAACAAUAUCCAAACCGUGGUAAAAGGCAACUUCUACAAAACCAUUGGGGUCUUGCUAGACUAUGCAGCUGGCUCCUUGACAUUCUAUGGCAUCGCCAACACCAUCAACCUCAUCUACCGUUUCCUCACCACAUUCACGGAGCCACUGUACCCAGCCGCUAUGGUAAGCAGUGGGGCCUCUAUCACUUUGAAGCAGCAUCCAGAGUAG